CAUCAGGUUUUUGCAGACCUCACCACUAUUUCACUGGCUCGGAUCGGUGUGUGUCUGUGUGUGCGUGUAUUUCCAUUUCGUUUAUAGUGCCGCACCCUGCCUUCUGUGCGUAAAACCUCCCACAUACACCAUCACACACGCAACGCGCGCGCGCGCACACACACACACACACACUACACACACACACACUCCACGUUUCUUCCAGCCAGGACGAGCGGAGGACAGCGGCUCACCUCACGGACAGGUUGGACUCAGACAUGGGAGAGGAGCGGCGGCUUUUCUGGCUAUGACACGGACACACCUGGCGGAAAGAAGAAGGACGGGAAGGAUGGCUCUGGGCAGCCGGGAAAUGUUGAGCUUGAUCGGAACCGCCUGCCUCUGGCUGCCGCUGUUGGCGGAGGUGGUGGCUGAGGACAGUUACUUAUACGACGUGCAGAACUCAGUGCCUCUGUCCUGCUCUGAGGGAUUCACAGAGUUGGGAUACUACAACGGCACCGUGUCCCAGACGGACUCGGGCGCCCCCUGUCUGAAGUGGACUGAGUUCCCAGACUACGUCAUGCAGUACCCGGGCCGCGGGCUGGGCGACCACAGCUACUGCAGGAACCCGGACCGCGAGUCUAACCCCUGGUGUUUCUUCAGACAAAACUCAGGAGCCAUCGGCUGGGCCUACUGCGACUGCCACCAGGGUGCAGCCCGUCUGGUUGGCAGCUCCUCCUCUGUCAGCGGGCGAGUUGAGGUCUACCUGAACGGCCAGUGGGGGGCGGUGUGCGACUCCCACUGGACUGACAGAGACGCCAGUGUGAUCUGCAGACAGCUGGGUCUGAGUGACAUUGGCACGGCGGUGCAGCACUCACAGUUUGGCUCGGGCUCUGGCCUAUUUCACUACGAGCGACUGGGUUGCCGUGGAGACGAGAACACCCUCAGCAAGUGCCGGAGCAGGACAUUCGUCACCGGAGACUGUAGCCAUGGAAACGAGGCCGCAGUGUUGUGUGCGGCACCAGAAGGCAGCGGCCCCCCUCUGAGGCUGGUCGGGAGCGAGGAGGACUUCGAAGGGCGCGUGGAGGUGUUCCACGCUGGAAGGUGGGGCUCCGUCUGCGAUGACCAGUGGGACGACAGAGAUGCGGAGGUGGUGUGCAGGCAGCUUGGUUUUGGGGGGAUUGCGAUGGCCUGGUCAUGGGCUCACUUCGGUCAGGGUUCAGGUCCCAUCCUGCUGGAUGCUGUCAAGUGCUCGGGAAACGAGCUCUUCCUGGACCAGUGCCCUCAUGGCGACUGGGAGCAGCACAACUGUGACCACAUGGAGGACGCUGGCGUCUCCUGCAGCCCUUACACAGACGGUGUGGUGCGUCUGGUUGGAGGAGACAGCCCCUGGGAGGGUCGGGUCGAAGUGUUUCACAACGGCGACUGGGGGACGGUGUGUGACGACCACUGGACCCAGCAGCAUGCAGAGGUGGUCUGCAGACAGCUGGGCUACAGGGGUCAUGCUGAGGUGGUAUCGGACGGAACAUUUGGCGAGGGCGUCGGUUUGAUCCUCCUGGAUGACGUCCAGUGCGAGGGAUCUGAGACGUCCCUGCUGGACUGUCAACACGGGAUCUGGGGACGGACCGACUGCUCCCACAGCGAGGACGUCGGCGUCCGCUGCAGGGGAAGACCGAGCCAAGAGACCAAUGAAGUGCCGGUUAUUGCGCCUUCCACAGGUCCCCUGGUACGUCUCGUGGGUGGCAGCAGCAGGAAGGAAGGUCGAGUCGAGGUGUAUCUCCAUGGUGACUGGGGAAGUAUUUGCGACUCAGGCUGGAACGACCUGAAUGCGGCUGUGGUGUGCAGACAGCUAGGACACAGUGGUGGUGCUGUAGCAGCGGGAGGGUUCGGUCAGGGGAAGGGACCCAUCCACCUGGACCAGGUGAGGUGCACGGGGAAGGAAGAGUUCCUGGGAGAGUGUCCCACUCUGGGUCAAAGCAUCCAGGGCUGCAGACGCAGGGAGGAUGCAGGGGUGAGGUGUGACGUCAGGCCACGGGAGUCAGCAGCAAAGGCCAAGUCUGAAGAGCUGAGCUGUGGGCUGAGGAAGCUGGCGGAGGACGAGGGGAAGAGGAGGAGUCAGGGAGAGGAGACUUCUAGUUUAAAGACCACGUGGCCUUGGCAGGUGUCAGUGUGGCUUCAGUCUCAAGAAGAAGACGCCGCUCCUCUCUGCAGCGGCACUCUGAUCAGCCCCUGCUGGGCCCUGACGUCCGCUUACUGUAUCACCAGGUUCGGAAACGACCUGUCCCGGUUCGUGGUUCGCGUCGGGGCGUCGAAGAAGACCCUCACCCCGGAGGAGGUGGUGGUCCACAGGAAGUUCAAGGGACAGGGCGGAGGACACGACCUGGCUUUGUUGAAGCUGCCCAGCACCAAGGGCCAAUGUCUGACCUUUGACCCCGACACCAACGCCGCGUGUCUUCCUGCUGCCGACACAGCGUCAGGGGGGAGUAGUCCAUCUUCUUGCGUUGUCAUGGUUACGGCUGGCUGGACAGGACCAGACUCUGUCCUGGCAUCCUGGGUCCCCCUGAUGUCGUCAUGGCAAUGCAAGAAGCGCUAUGGCGACAGCUUCUCCAGCCACGGCACCCUGUGCGCCGGCAGCCCCCCGGACACCAGCCUCCUCCGUGGAGACGGUUGCCAGGGCAACGCCGGAGGCGGGUUAGUGUGUCAGGAGGAGGCGGGUCGGUGGGUCCUGGCCGGGGUUGUCGCCGGGGGUUACGGCUGCUCCGACCCCUCCUCGCCCGCGCUCUACACCCGAGUCAGCCGCUUCAGGAGCUGGAUCGACGAGGUCACCAACGCGCGCCGAGAGGAACGCACGCGCAUCCAGGGCGAGGAUGAACGCUCCCACGCACGCGAGCAGGAAGAAACCAACGAAAUCGUCGACGUUCAACAGAGACGUCGCUCGCGCGCCGGUCACCACGGCAACGCUCACAUCAAAAACACGCGGCGCGUGGAGGAGGCCGACACACUCAGACAAGCUCUGGUGUGACGCCGCGCCGUGACAUCGGCCGCUACCACCUGUGCCACGUGACCGCCGGAGGAAAAAAUCAUUUCAAACCUGAUCAAACGUGUCGUGAAUCCCAAGUGUUUGCGGUUGCUAAUCGUCGGAGCAGCGUGGGCGGCGCCUUCCUCGGGAGUGUGUGGGUGACUUGUUGGUGCUUUACAUGUGAUUAGAGGCAGAACGCGAUGAAGCGGUCGGAGGGGCAGAUUUAUCAGCAUGCUGACCAGGGCCUUUCGACUCAAGAGAAUCAAAAACAUCAGCAUGGCAGCAUGUGUUUUACAGACAGAACAGCAUUAACGCAAAAAUAGACAAAAAAACUAAACAAAAAAACAAACAUCUGGGGGACAUUUUUAAGACGGUCACACAUGAAUCUAUGCUAAACCCACAUACGUACGUGUCAGCUGCCUGAGUCUUAAAGAAAACGUGUAGUUUAAAGGCUGCCUCUACGUCAUCGCCGUCCCUCUCAGAUGAUUCGUAUAGAUAAACUUUGAUAAAGAUGUUUCUCUUACAAACAGGGCUCAUCUCUUCAGGCUGUUCGUCUUCUACCUUUUACUGGUGCAAGUGUUCGUUUAGACCCACGACUAAGCUACUCGACCGAGGACCAUACCAGUGGACGGAGCGUGGCUCAGUGUAUUUAUUCCCACUGAUACAAACUUUAACUUAUCGCCGGCUGUUUGAAAGAACUUACUGGAGUUUUAAAAGUCCAGGUUUCCACAAAAGUAGACUUUUAUCCUGAGCUUUUAACGUCUCUCAAGGUCAAUUAAAUUAUAAAAUACAAUCAGAGAGUAGUAGAAGAAAUGUUUGGAAGCAAUAAAAGGGAAAUCCUCAAACUGCAUCUGCACCAAAACCUUCUUUUAAUGUUUGACCUAAGCUUUUCCAAUACAUACAACUACGACAACACCUGACGUCCAGCCAUUUCUAGUUUCAGCUAAAAUGUUCAGACAAAAAAAAAAACAAAAAAAAACACCGGUAUGGUCCUUUAAAAUUGUACAUUCUCUCUUUUUAAAGCCAUUUGAAGCCGUCGGGUCGUUAACAUCUUUUUUUUUACCGACUCUAGAUAGAUAGGUAGAUAAAUGAAUAGAUAAAUAGGUAGGUGGGUGCUCAGAUAGAUAAAUAGAUAGAUCGCUACUACUCCUGACUUUUAGAUGUUCUGCUUUUCAUUCUGGGUGAGUUAGCGGCGCAGUUAUAUGUUGUUCUCUGAGCAGACGUGUGGUCCGACCAGGAGGUGGCGCCAUUGCUCUAUUUUCAGAGGGGCCACCGAGUCCUUUGCUAACCCUGAUCUUUUUUUAUACCUUAAGUGUUUGGACUUGUGCUCGAUGUGCCGUGAACCAUUGUGUCGUGAAGCAUCUUGUGACCCGCUACCGCUUCUCCAACCUGUUGUAAUAACCCUGUACAGACUCGAUGUUGUGCAAUGAAGAUCUUGUCAGUUCCUGUAAAUACUGUGUGUGUGCGUGUGUGUGUGUGUGAGUGAGUGUGUGUCUGACCGGGCCAUGAGAGUCAAAUGUUCAAGGUUUAAGAUCCUCAGUGUAAUGUGCUGAAUCAUGGUCGAGUAUUAAACGUAUACGUGCCGACAGCA